AUGAGUCAAUCAAAUGCACAUUCAUUUGGCAAUAAUAUCGGUGCCGGCGAUAGUGAUAGUGAAUACAUACUCGUUGUGGACAUCGGGACCACUAAUCUUCGUGGACACAUCUACGACAUCAGGAGUCGACUGAUUGGCGAGUCUGUCAUCCCAAUUGAGUUAUUGAACCCACGUUUGGGUUACUAUGAGAUCGACGCACAAUCACUUUGGGAGGCAUUCCUCCUAUCCAUCCAAAGAGCCAUUGAAUGUAUGACUAAACUCAGCGAUUAA